AUGUCUCUAAGAAAUGAGACGCUGUUUGUUAAAACCGUCGGAAGGGCCAACUCUAUCGCAGAGGUUGGUGGUACUACUACGGAGCAGGACCGGUGUCAUGCAUCAUACCGCAUCACGUUCUCAACAGAAAGCACGACCACGGAUCAGAUCGAGGGGAGCUUAAGUGGAAGCUGCUGGCACGAGAUGUUCAGGAACCCAGUUAUUACCAGAGGCUUCCGUAUCCCAUCACGCAAGGAGGACCAUACUGGGCUCGAGAUCCCCCUAAACAUGAUGGCCGGUUUGGUUGAGGCACCCCGUGCGACCACCUUUGACGGCGAACUUGCUAUCAAAGGAUUCUGUACUAUGCUCGUUCCAACAAGACGUUUGGACAACGUGCUUUACUGGCAUCUUCUAUUCAACAAAGACGGGAGCCACAUAUCAUAUCUCGAUGAUCGCGUUCGUGCUAUCAGAGAUGACUCUGCCGACAACUCUGGAAUUUCGUCUUUGGUGGAUAUGAGACAUAUCGUUGGCUGGUGCUCUAUUGUCAAGCACUUUACAGGUGCACCAGAUGCCAAUUAUGACAUCAAGUGGACAGGUAUCGACCAAGCUGGGCCAGGAUGCGCCUUCGAGAAACUGUCAAUAACCGGCGGCAAAUUCGUAAACGUGGGAGCUUCUUUCGCUCGAGGGAACAAGGACACACCCCUCUACUUGAAACGGAGCUCAUCAUACGUGGAACAGCUCAAGUUCGCUCGAGGCAAAUUUGCGGUGUUCUAUGAUACGGCGGAAUGCCGGGCGUGGCUUACCAAUGGAGCAAGUGCCUUGCUUCACUUGGUGCGCGCCUCCCUGAGGCAUGACAGCUUAGACCGCUUGAACUCCAAUUUUCUUUUCAGAUUCGAGGAGCUCCGCGAAACGGACCACGUUCAUGGCGCUGAUGCUGCCAUUCAAGUUCUUGCGGAUCGGCAUAACAUGGAGCUAGAAGUCUUCCCCCGUGAAGACGAGGUUUGGACUGAAGAGGUGAUAGAUGCCAACGGGAAAAGCAGCCGGGAAACGAAAAGAAAGGUAACGAAAGUUCGCUUCCAGGAUCGUGUCAACGAUAUAUACCACAUCUUUGAGCAAAUACAGGAACAUCAGGAGAUACUGUCCGGACCCGGUAUGCCAUUGAGGACAACGCCGCGCCAGCAGCUGGAGGGAUUUGACUUCAUGGAUAUCGUUACUGGUGACAGUCCCCUAAUCCCGCGGGUCACCAAUCUGAAGCCAAGCGGGAAAGGCUGGGUAGACUUUACCAGGGCUAUCCAAGCAGUCACGUUAUUAGGACGCGGUUUCGGUGACCUCAUCAAGCCGUCAGAUGGUUCAAACAGACUCUGUGCAUCCUGGAACCUAGUUCCUGUGGGAAAGAAUUACCUUACCGCUUGUACCUCAGACCUAGUGGAGGUAUUGAAGCGGAAAGGCGACAUCGAGGCCGUACCCAUGAAGCUGGCCGAAAAUCGCAUCCUGGGCCUCUUGAACAGGAUGGAGCUGUUGUAUUUGGCCACAGCACGAGGUAUCCUUGGCGCUGGCCGGACCGGGGUCAUCCAGAAGAAGAGAAGCUACAUCCAGAAGAAGAGAAGCUACCAGCAGAAGAGGCGGAUAGAGUAUGUAGUGAUAGUGGAUUAG